AUGGCUGUCACCAGGGCCUUCCUUAUGGAGAUCCCCGGUGAGGGCAACGAAGCCAGGGCGGACCGCCUCCACGAGGCAAUGGCCGCCUUGGCCCCAGAACUGGGAGUGCGAGUUACGAGACCCGUAAAAACGUGCGAGUUGCGCAUACGGGGCCUCAAUGACUCUAUCACCUCCGAGGAGAUAGAGGAGGCUGUGGUGGCCAUUGGAGGUUGUCGAUCGGCCGAAAUAAAGGUCGGCCGAGCUCGCACUUCUCCCAAUGGACUCACCACAGCAUGGAUUCGGUCCCCGGUCGCCAUGGGGCGAAGGAUCGCGGACGCCGGAUUUAUUAGGGUGGGCUGGGUCAAAGCUCCGAUCGAGGUGUGGAGCGGCGGCCCCUGCAGUGCCACCGCUGCUUCCGGCGCGGGCACGUCGUAUCGACGUGCACGUCUACCGCGCCGGAGGAGGACAGAAGGGGCCGGUGCUAUUGGUGUGAGGAGAGGGGCCAUGGCGUCGCAACCUGCGACGCGGCCCCUUGGUGCCCGCUAUGCGCUGACCUCGGCCGGCCCGCGGCUCACCGACUCGGCGGCAAGUUCUGCGCCCCGAUCCCCAAAGGGGGAGCCAAAAGAGCGCAGAGAGCUGCCAGGGGCAGCGGGGCUAAACCCGUCUCCCAGGAAACAGGCGUAG